CGCCGCUCCUCCAUCCCGGAUCCUUUGCCGCAGCGUCAACGCCGCCGCCGCCUCCUCUUUUCCUCUUCCUUCUCCGCCUCCUCCUGCUUCCCGGCUUCUCCAGUCGCGCUUCCCGGAGCCGGUCCCGAGUCCCGGGCCGCGAGGUGCCAUGCUGCUCCGGCGGCGGCGCUGAAGCAUGGCGACGCCGGUCCCUCCGCCCUCCUCGCGGCACCUGCGGCUGCUGCGGCUGCUGCUCUCAGGCCUCAUCCUCGGAGCGGCCCUGAACCGGGCCACCGCCAGCCGCCCGGAUGCAGCCACCUGUCCUGGGAGCCUGGACUGUGCCCUGAAGAGGCGGGCAAAGUGCCCACCGGGUGCACAUGCCUGUGGGCCCUGCCUUCAGCCCUUCCAGGAGGACCAGCAAGGGCUCUGUGUGCCCAGGAUGCAUCGGUCUCCCGUCUCCGGGCAACCUGCUCUGCCGCCUCGCUCACUCUCCCUGUGUACUCCACACAGCAUGUUUGGAAGUAUCAGCCCUGUGCUAGUGGCAGCUAUCAGUCUGGAUGUUCCUUCAGGGGAGGGCCUGCCCCAGCCCAGACUGGAAGAGGAGAUCGACUUCCUGGCUCAGGAACUGGCACUGAAGGAGAACGAGGCUGGGCACUCAAGACUCACAGCAAGGCCUUUGCCUGAGACCAGGCAGAAGCUCCUGGAGCCUGCAGCCACCCUGGGAGUCUCAGAGUGGGGUCAAGCACUGGAGCCAGGCCUCCCCUCUAUGCGUGGCGCUUCCCCACCCACACCCCGUGCCUCCUUGGGCUCCCCUGUAUCAUCUGGGCCUGUGCACAUGGCCCCGCUGGAGCCCCGGGGAGGGCGUGGAAAUGGCCUCACCCUUGUGCUGAUCCUGGCAUUCUGCAUGGCCGGCACCGCUGCCCUCGCAGUGGCAGCCCUCUGCUGGUGCAGGCUACAGCGAGAGAUCCGCCUGACACAGAAAGCCGACUAUACCACAGCUAAGGCGCCCACCUUACCUACCACACCGCGAAUCUCACCUGGGGACCAGCGGCUGGCUCAUAGUGCUGAAAUGUACCACUACCAGCACCAGAGGCAACAGAUGCUGUGCCUGGAGCGGCAUAAGGAGCCUCCCAAAGAGCUGGAGUCAGCCUCCUCCGAUGAGGAGAAUGAAGACGGGGACUUCACCGUGUAUGAGUGCCCAGGCCUGGCCCCGACUGGGGAGAUGGAGGUGCGCAACCCACUGUUUGAUCAUUCCUCGCUGUCGGCACCCAUGCCAGGCCCGGGUUCUUCACCCCUAAUGCAGUGACUUGGAGGCUAGUGUCCACUCGCCUGCAGACCACAGCCCCUGGGUAGUGAGGAGCAAGGCCUGGCAUUCCCCAUUGAAAAGAACACGCAUUGUGACCCUCUGCGUGCUUAUGGCUGGGAGAGGCACCAGCCCCUGGGGCCCCUUGCCAGAGAGAUUCCCCACCUGGUGCGGGAGACCUAGCAUCCGCUUGCACAUCCUCUGCCCCGUCUGAACCCUCAAACUGGAGGGAUGAGGCCGGGAACCCUAGAGCCCAGGCAUGGAUAGAAAGUUAUGGAGACUAAAGCCAAUUAAAGUCUGUUUCAAACCUG